AUGGCUCAGAAAGCACGAAAGGACCUAGCAAAAUCCAAUGUUGAGGCCUUGAAGAACCUGCACCUGGGAACUCUGAUUGUCAACACCCUCUUCUUCCUCUUCAACCUCAUCUUCAAGAGGCGCUCCCUUUUGCUCUAUGUCGUAUUGUCCAUCCCCAGUUUCAUCUGCGAAUACAUCCUCGAGUCAACAGGUCGUCCGAAAUAUGAUCCUUCAACCAAGGCUCUCAAGACUGCUGGCGAAGACCUCUCAGCUCCUGGACUCACCGAGUACAUGUUCGAUGUAAUCUGGGUCACUUGGGCUUCUGUUUUUCUCGUCACUUUCUUCGGAAACUGGGGCUGGCUACUGUGGACUACAGUCCCUGCAUACGGCGCGUUCAAGGGCUACAGUCUCGUCGGCGCCGCUCGGGGCAUGGCAUCAGGCAUGCAACAGCAACCGGACAAUGCCGCACCCAUUGGCAACAGAAAGCAACAAAGAGCUGCAUGA